UCCUCUCCCCUUUUUUUUUUGUCUCCUUCUCCCUACCGUUGUUUUCUCCCUUACCAUCGGCUAAUACAAAGGGGGGAAGAGAGAGUUGCAGCGAAAAGGGUCCUUGGAUUUGUUGGUCAUGGGCACCUUAGUAGGUCAUGUUGCGCCAGGGUUUGGGUUCCUGGUGAUUGGGCUGUGGCACCUCGUUAACCAUAUCAGGCUCUACUCCAUCAACCCCAACUCCUACGUCGCCCCGCCAUGGUUUCCCUCUCCUCUCCUCGGGAGGCAUCUCGAGCUGACGCUUAUCAUGUUUGGGAGCGUCGCUUCCAUCUCCAUGGAGCUGUUCAUUGGCCCCGAAGCCCACCAGCCUUUCGACGCCGACGGGACCAUCCCGUCCAACCAUCUCCACAACUUCGAGCACGCCUCCAUCUCCCUCACCUUCUUGAUCUACGCCGCCUUCGCCGUGGCGUUGGACCGCGCGAAGCUGAGGAACCGCGACUCGCUGACGCAGCUGCUCGGCGCGGUCGCCUUCAGCCAGCAGCUCCUCAUGUUCCACCUCCACUCGGCUGACCACAUGGGCGUGGAGGGCCAGUACCACUGGCUGCUGCAGCUGGUCAUCGUCGUGUCGCUGGCGACCACGCUCAUCGGCAUCGGGCGGCCGCGGAGCUUCCCGGUGAGCUUCGUGCGGUCGGCGAGCAUCGCGUUCCAGGGGGUCUGGUUCAUCAUCAUGGGCUACGUGCUGUGGACGCCGAGCUUGAUCCCCAAGGGGUGCUUCAUGAACAUGGAGGUGGGGCACUACGUCGUCCGUUGCCGCAGCGACGAGGCGCUCGACCGCGCCAAGUCACUGGUUAACCUACAAUUCAGCUGGUGCCUGGCUGCCAUGGCGGUACUCUCCAUGUUGCUCUACUUGUUCCUGAUCAAAACAUACCCUGAGGAGCCGCAGUACAUACCUUUGGUGGAGGACGCAGUUGGAGAGGAGGAUGAGGAGGACUUGGAGUGCCAUAAGAAGAUGAUAGACUCUGAGAGUCUUGGUCAUAAGGGGCAAACGUUAAGGGCCAUCGAACUGGAAAAGUAAGAGAAGGGUCCUAUGGGUCAGGUGUGCUUUUCACUUUGUUUAAUGGCACAGGACAUCUGUGCCUGUUCCAUCUGUCUCUGUGUUGAUGAAUGCUUUGUGAAGUGGAGCAGAUCUUUGGCGAAGCCAACUUUGAUUUGGAAUACAUACUUGUAAACUUGUUGUACAAAUCGUUCCACAUUCUUGUCUUUCA